AUGAAGGACCUCACUGCAGAUCAUGCAAAGAAUAAAUUCAAUCAUUUGAGGACAUAUCACCAAAGAGAACUCAAGAAGAUUGAAAAUAUGCCUAGUGGAUCCGGGGGCCAGCAGAGUUCCAAAUGGGAAUACUUCAACCACUGCUCUUACAUGCAGCCUGGGGGGUGUCUGUACAGAGAGAAGAGUAACGGGAAACACCCUCCGAGAGAAACAGAAGGAACACAGCCAGACCAGGUGGAGGAAAAUGCAAGUAAAAAGAGGAAACUCCAUCACAGUGAGUUCAGUACAGCUGACACAUUGCAUCAGGACCAUCUACCAGGGAAUGAGCAGUUCAUGGAAAACAGACCUGAGGCUGCAACCAGACCUAUCUUGCCUUGCCAGACAUCACAUAAUAACCAGACAACAUUUACAACAUUCAGACCAAGAAUUGAGGAAAACCAAACAGCAGAUAGAUAUUCGCAUCAGACCCUAAUCUUAAAGGGUUUGCUGGAGGACGCAUCUUUUGCUGAUGUGACGCUGACAGCUGAGGGACAGUCGUUGAAGGCACACAAGGCAGUGUUGUCAGCCAUGAGUCCCUACUUCAAAAGUGUGUUGCAGAACAACCCAAGUCCUCACCCCAUCAUCAUCAUGCCUCUGGACAUGCAAUUCGAGGAUCUCAAAGGAAUUAUAGACUAUAUUUAUGUAGGCGAUAUAAUGUGGCGACUGAGACUCGUCCCACUGUUUAAGGCAAGCUCGAUUUCUUCAGAUUUACUGCUUAUCAGCAAUUGGAUGGGUAGGGUCACUCAUGGAUCAGAUAAGAGUAUAGUAUCAUCACCCAUUGACCAUGCAAAAUCUGCCCCCAGGCAAAAGGUUUGGAACAAAUGCCACAACAGGGCCACGGACAAAACAAAAAAGGACUCGACACUGGACGAUUUCUUCAUGCUUGUACCUGAGAAGAAAGACUUCAGUGACACAGAUGGUGAAGGUACAGAAGGAGUUUAA